AUGGGGUCUGCGGAUCAGUUCCACGGGAUCCAUGCGGCCAGACUCCGCAAAGCCCUGCGAUUCGCCCAUGACCUCAGCCAACAGCCAGCUGAGCCUACACAUCAGGCCCAGGCACAGCCCAGCCUAUCAGCAGCCAUCCUGCCUCAAGCCUCGCCAGCCUCUUGGGUAGAGAAUCUACCCCCUAAGUUAAGCCCUGAAGCUGCCCAGAAAUUGGUCGAUGACUUUAAGACCAACUACCCAGGAGAGUUGCUUGACGAUGAUACUAUGCCGAGUAUCCGUCUACUCAGCCUAGUACAACACAGCCUCAAGCCGGGGGAGAAGAUCCGUUGGAUCCCCUGGCAAUUCCGCCUAAGUACAAAACAAUACACCGAGAUUAUGGAGGCCAAAUCCUCCAAGCCUAUGCGCACGGACGCCCAGUUGUUGGCCUCAGCCCUAUAUGACGAUACGCCUGAGAUGCCGGUGGCCCACUUGCGCCUCGCCGCUAGCUGGUUGUCCAGAAUUCAAACCGUCUACAGGAAUGCCUGGGCUUUAUGCGGAGCAGCCCACUUAAAUAACCUCAAAGCCUUUGAUAAAAGGGUCCUAGACCUAGCCCUUCCAGACCUAGCGGAUAGCAGCCUACGUGGGCCUACCACACAGGAGCUGCUCACGGCCGAUCGUAAGAUCUGGGGCACUAUAGGAACUUUGGUUUCAUCGGGGUGGAGUCUAGACGAGGCCCUCUACGAGGUCACAUCUAUCCGCAGCGACCUCUCCAACCUCCUGCAGCCCAGACCUAGGACGACCCCGUUCACUCCGCCUAAGAACCUCAAAGGGAAAG